AAUCAAUACACAAAGAAAAAACAUGGUAGGCUAAUGUUUGAAAAGUACACCAAUGUACCUAAAACUUUACAUUGGUUUCCUGACAGUGCAGUAACCAUGGUUUGUGGUUAUUCCGUGGUUUAAACUGUACUGUACUGGUUAGUAUUCAUGAGGGAUGUUUCUCGCUCUCUAGAGAGCAUCUUUGUGUUUGUAAUGGGUUUGGCAGGAGCACUGUUCACAUCACUUUCUCUCUUUCAGUCGAACUGUAGCACGCGUAUAGUACCGCUAAAUACACAACACUUUGAUCACCAGACUCAUAGAAACUGCGCUGGUUUUCUGUUUUGCGACAAACAACAUUAAAACACUAAAACGAAGGAUUUGUAGCUUUGAUACAGACGUUAUGUGUCAUAUUUACCACAUAUAAAGUAUUACCUGGCUGGCUGUAAACGGACAUCGUUAUGAGCGCGAUGUGCACGAGUUACCAGAACGCAGACAAGGGUUUUGUGAAGGGAUUUUCCUGUCCCAAUCCGGACACUGACAUCCGUGCUGCUUUCUGCUGUGGAUUUAGUGAUGUGAAGUAUUGCUGUGAUGAUCCCAACAGCUUUUUCCCUUAUGAAUAUGGAUACAUGUGGUGGCUCAGUGUUGGAGCUCUGGUUGGUUUGUCGAUAGCUGCUGUCGUCUUAAUGGUUUUCCUCAUCACUGUGUGUGUCCUCUGCUAUCUCUUCAUCGCUACCAAGCCUAGUCAAAGAGACAACGGCCUCACUCUUAGUAUGCCAGGAUUAGAAGCAACAUCUGAGCCCAGUCGAUCUUCUGGACCUCGAGGUUUCUGCAAGCAUUUUUUUAACCACAGACUAGACUGCGAAAAACGGCCUGCUGAUCCUGAGCGGCUUUUUCAGCGUUGCUUCACUGCAACUGUCACCAAAGUCAACGUGGAAGAGUCCACAUAAAGAUCAAUUUCCUUUUCUAUAGAGUGAUUACCAAAAACGUUUAACAAACUCUUAUAAAGUUUCUAUUCAUUUUGUUUUUUUGCUUUCUAUGCCAUUUUUGUCUAUUAUGUAUUACGAUUUAUCUGGUCUAACAAUUCCUUUACACUGUAAAAAAUGAUAUCAAAUUAACAUAUAUUUUUGUUACUUUAAUGUAUUAAUAUGUUGAUUUUUUUCACAUUGUACCAAAAUUUUUGUACUGUACACUGUAAAAAAAUUGCUUAUAUUUUGCAGCUGGUUGCCAGUAACUUAAUGUAGAAGAUAAAGACUGAAAAUGUUUCAUGUUCAUUUUAACUUUAAAAAAAACUGUUGCCAGUAAAUAACAUACAUGUAAAAUCUACAGUAAGUUACUGGAAGCUAGUUGCCAGUAAUAUCCAGUAAUACUGUAAUUUCUACAUAAAUGUUUUACAGGGUAGCUUUUGUUAAUGUGCAAGUUCAUUGUGUGUCGUGCUUGUUUAAUGCAAAUCAGUGCAACCAAAUUAGCAUGCAAAACAAAUUCAAUCACAUGGAGAGCAUGUUGUAUUUGCAGAGGCAUUUAAUCAAAACCCUUUAGUGAUGUGAAAACCAAUUAUUGACAGGUUCACUUAAUUGAAUCCCUGGUUUGAAUAAAU